UGAAUCGAGCAACCCAGACCACGUGAUUGCUCAUGUAUGGUCUGUGCGUUCUGGCCGAUCCUUGAUCAAAAGGCAAGCUCGUUUUAUACAUUGGAUAUAUCCACCACAACACCCAAAAUGAUGUCCUCACGAUGGCAGGCUGCAGUCCGGCAGCUCCAAGGACAACCGUCAGCCAUAUCCAGGGCAUUGAUGGGGACCAGGCACCCGAACUUGCGGCCACGUACAGCAACAUCCCGUCUUCACCAUUCGGUCUCUGGACGCGUUCAACUCGAAUCACGUGCUUCAGCCCUCACACAGUGCCGCUAUUUUUCUUCACGGUCACGUUUAUCCGCGGGCAAGAAUGAUAACAAGACUUGGACUUCAUCGCCGGUAGUGCCCACUCAAGUUCUGGAAUCUCGUUUCCCCAAAAAGACUGUCCUGUUCUUUGCGAUCCUGGGCACUGCAGCGUACUUUCUACUCGAAGUCGUGGAGCCUGAUUGGACUGAUAAUGCCAUGGCUGGCUUCGACGAUCAGCCGCAUUCUGUUCCUCUCCAAUUUUACAGGGACCGAGAGUCGUUGGACAAUAGACUUGAGCAAUUCUACAUUGGCGCAUUCGAACUACUGAAAGAUCCGGAGCGGCUGAUGCAGAUCAACGAUCUAUUCAACGACAUAGCGAAUGGGUGGAUGAUGAAUGAGGAGAAUGCCCAAGAGUGGUACAUACCAGUAACGCAUGGGUGCCGCUUCAAAUCCAACGAACCAUGCGAUUUCUACUGUAUUGGAACGGCCCCUGGCCCUGGAUCGAAGCCUUGGAACUACUGGUCGGUCUUUGACGGCCAUGCUGGAAAAGCUACUGCGUUUUAUCUUCAAAACACGAUGCACCCCGAGCUUUCUCGCCAUUUGUCCGACCUCCCCCCAAACGCAGCAUCGUGGUCUAUCCACGACUCGAUGAAAGCCGUCUUCAUCGGACUAGACAAAGAGAUCAUGGACAGGGCCCGUCACGCCGUUAACUGGUACCCGGCCGCCAACUCAGCUGCCAUGAACGCCCUGGCGCCCGCCUUCCACGGAAGCUGUGCCCUCGUCGCAGCCUUCGACCCCGAGCAAAGCAAACUCCACGUCGCCUGCACCGGCGACUCACGAGCCGUUCUCGGCCGCUGGGACGACGUCGAAGGUAAAUAUAUCGCCCAGCCCCUCAGCGUCGACCAAACCGGCUUCAACCCAUCCGAAGUCGCGCGCAUCACCUCUGAACACCCAGACGAGCCCUCCAUCCUCGACCCAAAAACCGGCCGUCUCCUCGGCCUAGCCGUAACACGCGCUUUUGGCGACCACCGCUGGAAAUGGGACAACAACGCCACCAAAACCGCGCAGCACAAAUUCUGGGGCCCCGCGCCCCGUCCAAACUCCACCACCCCACCCUACCUCACCGCGGAACCCGAAAUCACCGAAACAGACAUCGUCCGCGUCCACCCCAACUCGCCUUCGGGAAAAUCAGACUUUAUGAUUAUAGCCACAGACGGCCUCUGGGACCACAUGUCGUCGUCCACGGCCGUCUCCUGCGUCUCGUCCUGGCUCACGGCGCGCGCCCGCUCCCCGGACCACCGCGUCUCCACCGAUCCCAACCGCCCGUACGCCGACUUCUCCAAUCCGACCAGACCAGACCCCGGCGUUACCUUUUCCGUCGAAGACGGGCAGGAAGUCACGUGGCAGGCUGAGCCGAGAUAUUUCGCCAUCGAGGACGAUAACGCGGCGGUUUGCUUGACGAGGAAUGCGAUGGGCGGGUUGAGGAGGGGUUUGGUUGCAGGGUUGGUUACUAUGGGUCUGCCUGCGAGAAGGAACGCUGUGGAUGAUACUACGGUCAUGGUUGUGUUUUUUGAUCAGUUGGAUACCCAGGGGGGGAAGGAGAAGGAGGGCGGGGAACAAAUCAAGAGAAGGUGGUGGUUUUGGUGAGCCUGAAGAUAUUGUUUGUUCAGUUGGACGAGCAUUUGGUUCUUUAGCCACUGCUGUAUUUUUUGUUUUGUGUAUUUCUCGUCUGCUUGUUCUCCGUAUCCAUACCCCCUGCAUAACCAACACUGCAAUAGAGACCAGUCUACAAAUAAAAGAUACAAAAUUUGUAAACUCGGCCACCUAUUUAGAUCGCAGAGUAUAGCACUGCGAAUAUAUACCGAGAAAAAAUAAACCAUAAGAGAUACCUUUAAAGCAAUACCCCAAUCAUUCAUCCCUUCUUCUCACCAACUCCAAAAUCUUUAACUUUGUCGUUCCAUCCCCGCACAAAUUACAACCUCUGACCCUCCAAUUAUUUCUUCAAUCAGCAGCAGCAGCAGCAGCAGCAGCAGAUAUUCCAUACCCACAGAAUGAACAAACGAGUAGAUAACAUCGCACAGAGUCAACAACUCACAAAGCAGCAUCCACUCAGGACAGAGAGAGCCUUGCAAAAAGUCUUUCUUCUUUUGAGAAGAGGAACAUGAAGAUUC